AUGCUGUUAAUAGACUUCAGUUCAGCAUUCAACACCAUAAUACCACAACAACUCAUUAGCAAAUUGGACAAGCUAGGACUUAGUCCCUCCCUCUGCAAGUGGUUGCUGGACUUCCUCAGCAAGAGACCGCACGCAGUACGUGUCGGCAACAACAUCUCGAGCACCAUCACACUCAGCAUAGGAGCCCCUCAGGGCUGUAGCACCAAUCAUUUGGUAAAAUAUGCGGACGACACCGCUCUGGUGGGCCUCAUUACCAACGGCAACGAGAUGCACUACAGGGCUGAGGUGGACCUCUUGGCCACGAGGUGCAGAGAUAACAACCUCUUGCUGAACUUCAACAAAACAAAAGAGAUUGUUGUCAACUUCCAGAGAGGCCCCAGCCAACACCUGCCACUGGUCAUUGACGGGACGGCCGUAGAGAGAGUCACCAGCACAAAAUUGCUCGAGGUGCACAUCGAUCAGGAUCUCUCUCGGACCACCAACACCACAUCACUUGGAGCUGCACAGACUACAAUGAGAGCCCUACAGUGUAUAGUGAACACAGCAAGCAAAAUCAUCGAUGCUCCACUUCCUUUCCUGCAGGACAUCUACACCACCCGCCUCACUCGCAAGGCUGUCACCAUUGAUGACCAGGUGGUUCUACAGUGCACCGCCUCCAUCCUGAAGGAGCAGCAGAUUAAGCUUUGUCUGUCCUGUGAGGGAUUCGGAAACCGUCUCUGCUUCCUGGAAACCACCUCCAACGCCCAGAAAGUGCCUCCAGAUUUGGCAAUAUGCAACUUCAUUCUGGAGCAAUCGUUGUCAGUGCGUGCCUUGCAGGAGAUGCUGGCCAACACGGUGGAGAUGACCGAGGCAGUCGAUUUGGACAAAUGGUCGUCGCAAGGUGGCGGCCAUCGCACCUUGUUGUACGGCCACGCCAUCCUCCUCAGGCACAACCACUCAGGCAUGUACCUGAGCUGUUUGACCACAUCUCGCUCGCUCACAGACAAGCUGGCCUUCGACGUGGGGUUGCAAGAAGAUUCUACUGGCGAGGCGUGUUGGUGGACUAUUCAUCCUGCCUCCAAGCAGAGGUCAGAAGGUGAAAAGGUCAGAGUCGGUGACGACCUCAUCCUUGUCAGCGUGUCCUCUGAGAGAUACCUGCACUUGUCCUACGCCAGUGGAGAUCUGAUGGUGGACGCCUCCUUCAUGCAGACUCUGUGGAAUAUGAAUCCUAUUAGCUCAGGAUGUGAACUAGCUGAAGGAUUCCUGACGGGCGGUCACGUGCUCCGGCUGUUCCACGGUCACAUGGAUGAGUGUCUGACCAUUGCCACACCAGAAGAAGGAGAGGAAAAGCGCAGAAUGGCUCACUAUGAAGGCGGUGCCGUUUGCAGCCAGGCUCGUUCCUUGUGGAGGUUGGAGCCUUUGCGCAUCAGUUGGAGUGGCAGCCAUUUUAAGUGGGGGCAAGCAUUCCGCAUCCGCCAUAUCACCACAGGGCGUUACCUGGGUCUGGAUGAGGAAAAGGGCUUGUUGGUAGUGGACUCGGACAAAGCUAACACCAAAAUGUCUGCUUUCUGCUUCCGUGCGUCAAAGGAGAAGGUGGACGUGGCUCACAAGCGAGAUGUAGAAGGGAUGGGCAUCCCGGAAAUUAAGUACGGAGAGUCCAUGUGCUUCGUACAACACGUUUCCACAGGCCUGUGGCUCACGUACGCCGCGCUGGACGCCAAAGCUGCUCGUCUUGGAAUGAUGAAGAGGAAGGUCAUCCUGCACCAAGAAGGCCAUAUGGAUGACGCCCUCACUGUGUCCCGCUCCCAGACAGAGGAGUCUCAAGCCGCUCGUAUGAUUUAUAGCACCAUGGGUCUCUUCAGGCAGUUCAUCAAGGGUUUGGACUCUCUGAGCGGGAAAAACAAAUCGCCGGGGCCUGUGUCGCUUCCUCUGGAGGGCGUUAUCCUGUCCUUGCAGGAUCUUAUUUUCUACUUUCGCCCUCCCGAGGAGGAGCUGGAACAUGAGGAGAAGCAGACUAAGCUGCGAUCCCUCCGGAAUCGGCAGAAUCUCUUUCAAGAGGAGGGAAUGAUCACCAUCGUGUUGGAAUGCAUCGACCGGCUCAACGUGUACAACACGGCGGCGCACUUUUCAGAAUUCGCAGGCGAGGAAGCAGCAGAGUCUUGGAAGGAGAUUGUCAACCUCCUCUACGAGUUGCUGGCUUCACUAAUCAGGGGCAACCGCUCCAACUGCGCCUUGUUUUGCGACAACCUGGACUGGCUGGUCAGCAAACUGGACCGUUUGGAGGCCUCAUCAGGUAUUCUGGAGGUUCUGUACUGUGUGCUCAUUGAAAGCCCCGAGGUUCUAAAUAUCAUCCAAGAGAACCACAUCAAAUCCAUCAUCUCUCUCCUGGACAAACAUGGACGGAACCACAAGGUUCUCGAUGUUCUCCGCUCUCUCUGCGUGUGUAACGGUGUCGCUGUGAGGUCCAAUCAGAACCGCAUCACUGAGAACCUUCUUCCGGCUCGCGACUUACUACUGCAAACCAACAUUGUUAAUUACGUGACCAGCGUCCGGCCAAACAUUUUCUUGGGUACCUGCGAGGGCUCCACACAGUACAAAAAGUGGUACUACGAGAUGAUGGUGGACUACGUGGAACCCUUUGUGACAGCGCAGGCAUCACACCUACGUGUGGGCUGGGCCAUGACUGAAGGCUACAGCCCCUACCCUGGAGGCGGCGAGGGCUGGGGAGGCAACGGUGUUGGCGACGACCUCUAUUCGUACGGCUUUGACGGCCUCCACUUAUGGUCAGGUACUGUCGCACGCCAGGUGGCCUCACCCUCCGCACAUACUCUGGCCGCAGACGACGUUGUCAGUUGUUGUUUGGAUCUGAGCGUGCCCAGUAUCUCCUUCCGCAUCAACGGACACCCGGUUCAGGGCAUGUUUGAAAACUUCAACGUAGAUGCCCUCUUCUUCCCUGUCAUCAGUUUCUCAGCUGGCGUCAAAGCUCGUUUCCUGUUGGGGGGUCGCCACGGAGACUUCAAGUUCAUGCCCCCACCAGGCUACGCACCAUGCUAUGAAGCGCUGCUCCCCAGGGAAAGAAUGCGCAUCGAGCCAAUCAAAGAGUACAAGCACGACUUUGGCGGUGUGCGGAACCUGUUAGGGCCUACAUUGUCACUCACUCAUACAUCUUUUACGCCUUGUCCAGUGGACACAGUUCAGAUCGUAUUGCCGCCACAUCUUGAAAGAAUCCGAGAAAAACUAGCGGAGAAUAUUCAUGAGCUUUGGGCAAUCACCCGCAUCGAGCAAGGAUGGACUUAUGGAACGUUUAGAGACGACAACAAAAAACUUCAUCCCUGCUUGGUGGACUUCCAGAGUCUUCCUGAACCCGAGAGGAAUUACAACCUGCAGAUGUCUGGAGAGACUCUAAAAACUCUCCUGGCUCUGGGCUGUCAUGUCGGCAUGGGUGACGAGAAAGCAGAAGAAAACCUCAAGAAAAUCAAGCUACCAAAGACCUAUAUAAUGAGCAACGGCUACAAGCCCGCACCACUUGACCUAAACCACGUCAAGCUGACACCCAACCAGAACCAGCUUGUUGAAAAACUGGCAGAAAACGGACAUAAUGUUUGGGCGAGAGACCGUGUUCGGCAAGGGUGGACUUACAGCAUAGUGCAAGACAUCCUCAAUAAGCGAAACCCUCGUCUGGUGCCUUACAACCUGCUGGACGAGAGAACUAAGAAAACCAACAGGGACAGUGUCAACAACGCUGUCCGCACCCUCAUUGGCUACGGUUACAACAUUGAGCCUCCAGACCAAGAGAGCACCGGCCACGGCCUGGAGAACAUUCGCGGCGACAAGGUCCGACUCUUCCGUGCCGAGAGGUUGUAUGCCAUCACGCAAGGGAAGUGGUACUUUGAAUUCGAGGCCGUUACUACAGGGGAGAUGCGAGUGGGCUGGGCUCGGCCUAGCGUCCGCUCGGACACCGAAUUGGGAGCGGAUGAGCUAGCUUACGUCUUUAACGGUAAUAAGGCGCAAAGAUGGCACGUUGGCAACGAACCCUUCGGCCGCCAGUGGCAGUCUGGCGACGUGGUUGGCUGCAUGAUCGACUUGACCGAGAUGAACAUCAUGUUUACGCUCAACGGCGAAAUGCUGAUCAGCGACUCCGGCUCGGAAAUGGCUUUUAAAGAUAUUGAAAUCGGAGAAGGUUUCAUUCCAGUGUGCGCAUUGGGCCUGUCCCAGGUCGGAAGGAUUAAUCUCGGCCAGAACGUCAGCAGCCUGCGCUACUUUGCCAUUUGCGGCCUUCAAGAAGGCUUCGAGCCCUUCGCUAUUAACAUGAAACGAGACAUUACCAUGUGGUUCAGCAAAAGCCUGCCCCAGUUUGGUCCCGUCCCCGCUGACCACAACCACCUAGAGGUUUCCCGAGUAGAUGGGACCGUGGACAGCGCCCCCUGCCUGAAGCUGACCCACAAGACCUUCGGCUCGCAGAACGCCAACACCGACAUGAUGUUCCUCAGGCUCAGCAUGCCCGUCCAGUUCCACGAAACCUUCAAGAUCCCAGCGGGCACCACCUUGCUCACCCGUACGCUCACCAUACCCGAGGACGAAGUGGUGGUGGUGGAGCCCGACUCGGAGUUUGAGGUCUUGAAGAAGUCAGCCAGCCGCAAGGAGCAGGAAGAAGACAAGAAGGAGCCUUCAGUACCAAAGGAGAUCUCUGUAGAGAAUGAGAAGGACACCAUGUCAGAAAAGGGGAAAAAACGAGGAUUUUUCUUCAAAGCCAAAAAGGUCGCCAUGACACCUCUUGCCCCUCCUCCCGCACCUCCGACAGUACCUCGCUUGGUGGAAGACGUGGUCCCUGACGACCGAGAUGACCCUGAGAUUAUCCUAAACACCACCACUUAUUACUAUUCGAUUAGGAUUUUUGCGGGGCAGGAACCGACUGGCGUAUGGAUCGGUUGGGUUACCCCUGACUACCACCAGUUUGAUCCGAGUUUUGAUUUAUCAAAAGUGCGGAACGUCACUGUCACGGUGGGCGAUGACAAAGGAAACAUACAUGACAGUAUGAAGCACAGCAACUGUUACAUGGUUUGGGGAGGCGACCUGGUGAGCACUCAGCAGACCCGCUUCAGCCAGGAAGACAUGGUUGUGGGUUGCCUUGUGGACCUGGCCACGGGCCUCAUGACCUUCACAGCCAAUGGCAAGGAAAUUAACACCUUCUACCAGGUGGAACCCAACACCAAGCUGUUCCCUGCUGUUUUCAUCCAACCUUCCAGUCAAAACAUGGUCCAAUUGGAACUGGGAAAACUCAAGAACAUUAUGCCGAUCUCAGCCGCCAUGUUCCGUAGCGAGCGCAAAAACCCUGUGCCCCAGUGCCCCCCGAGGCUGGACGUCCAGAUGUUGACCCCGGUCAUCUGGAGUCGAAUGCCCAAUCGCUUUCUCAACCCCGAGGUGGGCAAAGUGAACGAGAAGCUGGGCUGGAUGGUGGAGUGCACCGAGCCGCUCAUCAUGAUGGCACUGCACAUCCCAGAGGAGAACAGGUGUAUCGACAUUCUGGAGCUGUCAGAGCGCCAAGAUCUGAUGAAGUUCCACUACCACACCCUCAUGCUAUACUGCGCCGUGUGCGCCCUUGGCAACAACCGGGUUGCCCACGCGCUGUGCAGCCACGUGGAUGAGUCGCAGUUGUUCUACGCCAUCGAAAACACCUACCUGCCAGGUCCGCUGCGCAGCGGCUACUACGACCUCCUCAUCAGCAUCCACCUGGAGUCGGCCAAGCGGGCACGUCUGGGUACCAACAAGGAGUUCAUCGUGCCCAUGACGGAGGACACGCUCAGCAUCAACCUCUAUCCAGAUGCCAAGAAAGCUCACUCCCUUCCCGGGGUGGGUCUCAACACCUGUUUGCGUCCCAAGCUGCAUUUCUCCUCCAUCAACUUUGUGGGAAUGGAUCCAGACCUCUAUACGCUCAGUCCCGUUUUUCCACUGCAGGAACUGAAGACCAGAGCUAUCAGCAUGCUAACGGAGGCCGUGCUGGACGGUAGCCAAGCCAUGCGCGAUCCAGUAGGAGGCAGCGUCGAGUUUCAUUUCGUUCCCAUCCUCAAACUGAUCAGCACGUUGCUCAUCAUGGGUAUCUUCAACGACGAAGACACCAAACACAUCCUGAAGAUGAUCGACCCCAACGUCUUCAGCGGGAAGGAAGAGAACGAGGAGGACGAGGGACAAGCCGCCACGGAGGAGGCGCAAGAGGAAGCUGACGAGGAGGCCGAACUGGAGGACGAGGGUGUGGGUGAGGAGGAAGAGGAGCUGAAAGCUCUGGAAAAAGUAGAAGAUGAAGAAGGCGAGGAAAAAGAGGAGGAGGAAAAGAAGGAAGGUGAAGACACCGGGGACAAAAAGGUGGACGGAGAGAAGCAAGAAGAAGAGAAGGAAGCGGAGAUGCUCGAGGCGGAGUUAAAAGAAGAAGAGGAGGGGCUUGAGGAGGGGUUGCUUCAGAUGAAGUUGCCAGAAUCUGUCAAACUACAGAUGUGCACACUCCUUCAGUAUUUCUGUGACUGUGAGCUGCGACACCGCGUGGAAGCCAUCGUGGCCUACUCGGACAACUUCGUGCACGAAAUUCAAAGCAACCAGCGCGUCCGCUACAACCAGCUGAUGACAGCUUUCACCAUGUCAGCAGCGGAAACCGCGCGAAAGACUCGGGAGUUCCGUUCGCCGCCGCAGGACCAGGUUCUUUUGCUGACCAAUUUCAAACACAGUCCCGAGGAUGAAGAUUGCCCUGUACCUGAGGAUGUGCGAGACACUCUGGGAGACUUUCACAAUGACCUCCUCCUUCACUGCGGUGUACAUAUUGAGGAGGAGACGGAGGAAGAGGAAGUGGUCACCUCGCUGAGUGGACGCCUUCUCAGCCUGGUGGAGAAAGUGAAGAGCUUGCGAAAAAAGGAAGAGGAGGAAAAACCUGAAGUGGAGGAGGAGCCAAAACCUAGCACCCUCCAGGAGCUGAUCUCCCACACCAUGAUCCACUGGGCCCAGGAAUCGUUCAUCCAGAACCCGGAGUUGGUGCGCCUGAUGUUCAGCCUGCUCCACAGGCAGUACGACGGGCUCGGAGAGUUGAUCCGGGCGCUACCCAAGGCCUACGCCAUCAAUGCCGUGUCCUACCAGGACACCAUGGAUCUGCUAGAGUGCCUUGGCCAGAUACGCUCGCUGCUCAUCGUUCAGAUGGGACCGGAGGAGGAGCGCCUCAUGAUCCAGAGCAUCGGAAACAUCAUGAACAACAAAGUGUUCUACCAGCACCCCAAUUUGAUGAGAGCUCUUGGUAUGCACGAGACAGUCAUGGAGGUGAUGGUCAACGUUUUGGGUGGGGGUGGAGACUCAAAGGAGAUCCGCUUCCCACAAAUGGUGACCAACUGCUGCCGCUUCCUUUGCUACUUCUGCCGAAUCAGUCGACAGAACCAGCGUUCCAUGUUUGACCAUCUCAGUUACUUGCUGCAGAAUAGUGGCAUCGGACUUGGCAUGCGUGGUUCGACUCCUCUAGACGUGGCAGCGGCUUCUUGCAUCGACAACAAUGAGCUGGCUUUAGCACUGCAGGAGCAGGACCUAGAAAUGGUAGUGACGUACUUGGCAGGCUGUGGCCUACAGAUGUGUCCCAUGCUGCUAUCCAAGGGUUACCCAGACAUUGGCUGGAAUCCAUGCGGAGGGGAAAGAUAUUUGGACUUCCUACGAUUUGCAGUUUUUGUGAAUGGUGAGAGCGUGGAAGAGAACGCCAAUGUGGUGGUGCGUCUUCUCAUCCGCCGGCCCGAGUGCUUUGGCCCGGCGCUCCGAGGAGAGGGUGGCAACGGUUUGCUGGCAGCCAUGGAGGAGGCGAUUAAGAUCUCAGAAGAUCCAGCAAGGGAUGGACCAACUGUCAAAAAAGACAGGCGCUUUAUGUUCGGUGGUGAAGAGCAGCAGGAGGAGAGUCGGGUGCACCUGGGAAACGCCAUCAUGUCAUUCUAUUCGGCCCUUAUAGAUCUGCUGGGCCGCUGCGCCCCAGAAAUGCACCUGAUCCAAGCAGCAAAGGGUGAAGCUCUAAGGAUCCGAGCCAUCUUGAGAUCGCUGGUUCCCAUUGAGGAUCUGGUGGGGGUCAUCAGCUUGCCAGUGCAGAUUCCUGCUCAUGGCAAAGACGGUCAGGUUGUCGAACCCAAGAUGUCUGCCAGCUUCGUACCUGACCACAAAGCUUCCAUGGUGCUCUUCCUGGACAGAGUGUAUGGUAUCGAGAACCAGGACUUCCUACUUCACGUGCUGGAGGUUGGCUUCUUGCCUGACAUGAGAGCUGCUGCAUCUCUGGACACCGUGGCCUUCAGCACCACCGAGAUGGCGCUGGCUUUGAACCGCUACCUCAGCUCGGCUGUUCUGCCUCUGCUCACCAAGUGCGCCCCUUUGUUCGCCGGCACUGACCACCGCGCCAUCAUGAUCGACUCUAUGCUCCACACCAUAUACCGGCUGUCCCGCGGCCGAGCCCUUACCAAAGCCCAGAGGGACGUGAUUGAGGAAUGCUUAAUGUCACUUUGCAAGUACCUCCGGCCAUCCAUGCUUCAACAUCUGCUCAGGAGGUUGGUGUUCGACGUGCCCAUCCUCAACGAAUAUGCAAAGAUGCCUCUUAAGCUUCUGACCAAUCACUAUGACCGCUGCUGGAAGUACUACUGCUUGCCUAACGGCUGGGCCAACUUUGGGGUGACGUCAGAAGAAGAGCUGCAUCUUUCUCGUAAACUCUUCUGGGGAAUCUUUGAGUCUUUGGCUCACAAGAAAUUUGACGCAGAGCUUUUCAAGAUCGCCAUGCCGUGCCUGUGCGGCAUCGCAGGAGCCAUCCCGCCUGACUACGUGGACGCUAGCUACUCCUCUCACACCGAGAAGAAAGCAUCUGUAGAUGCUGAGGGAAACUUUGAUCCGAAACCGGUGGAGACCACCAACACCAUAAUCCCUGAGAGGUUGGACGCCUUUAUCAACAAGUAUGCAGAGCAUACUCAUGAUAAAUGGGCGUUUGAAAAGAUUCAGAACAACUGGACCUACGGAGAGGCAUUAGACGAGAACGCCAAGACUCACCCGAUGUUAAGACCGUAUAAAACGUUUUCGGAAAAGGACAAAGAAAUCUAUCGUUGGCCCAUUAAAGAGUCCAUCAAAGCCAUGCUGGCGUGGGAGUGGACCUUGGAAAAAGCCCGAGACGGUGAAGGAGAGGUGGAGAAGAAGGCCGCUACACGGAAAAUCUCACAAACUGCUCAGGCUACUUAUGAUCCUAGUCAUGGUUACAGCCCUCAACCAAUAGACAUCACAGGAAUGGCGUUAUCCAGAGAGCUGCAGUCAAUGGCUGAGCAGCUGGCGGAGAACUACCACAACACUUGGGGCAGGAAGAAGAAGCUGGAGCUUCAGUCCAAAGGUGGUGGGACCCAUCCUUUGCUGGUGCCUUAUGACACUCUGACUGCCAAGGAGAAGGCUAGAGACAGAGAAAAAGCCCAGGAUCUGCUCAAGUUCCUUCAGCUCAACGGAUACGCUGUGACCAGAGGCAUGAAGGACAUGGAGCAGGACAUCUCAUCCAUCGAGAAGCGCUUUGCCUAUGGAUUUUUGCAGAAACUUCUCAAAUGGAUGGACAUUGCGCAGGAGUUCAUCGCUCAUCUCGAGGCUGUGGUUAGUAGCGGUCGAGUCGAGAAGUCACCACAUGAGCAAGAGAUCAAAUUCUUUGCUAAGAUUCUCUUGCCGCUUGUGAAUCAGUAUUUCAAGAACCACUGCCUCUACUUCCUAUCCACUCCUGCUAAAGUCCUGGGAAGUGGAGGACAUUCCUCCAACAAGGAGAAGGAAAUGAUCGCCAGUAUCUUCUGUAAGUUGGCUGCUUUGGUGCGGCACAGAGUUUCUCUUUUUGGAACGGAUGCAAGCGCCGUGGUCAACUGCCUGCACAUUCUGUCCCACUCGCUGGACGCAAGAACUGUAAUGAAAUCGGGGCCUGAGAUUGUCAAAGCUGGACUGCGUCAGUUCUUUGAGAGCGCUGCUGAUGACAUUGAGAAGAUGGUAGAGAAUCUCAAACUGGGCAAGGUGUCCAGCCGCAACCAGGUGAAAGGCGUGGCCCAGAACAUCAACUACACCACGAACGCUCUGCUGCCGGUCCUCACCUCGCUGUUCGACCACAUCGCUCAGCAUCAGUUUGGAGAUGACGUCAUGAUGGACGAUUUGCAAAUUUCCUGUUAUCGGCUCAUGUGCAGCAUCUACUCGCUGGGCACUGUGAAGACACCACACGUUGAAAAGCAGCGUCCCGCUCUGGGCGAGUGUUUGGCCCACCUUGCAGCCGCCAUGCCGGUCGCCUUCCUUGAACCUGAGCUGAAUGAGUUCAAUGCAUUUUCUGUUUACACUACCAAGACUCCCCGGGAGAGAACCAUUCUGGGUCUCCCCAGCCAAGUGGAGGAGUUGUGUCCAGACAUUCCUGAGCUGGACAUCCUCAUGAAGGAAAUCCAAGACCUGGCCGAGUCGGGGGCGCGCUACACGGAAAUGCCUCACGUCAUCGAGAUCACGCUGCCUAUGCUUUGCAAUUACCUCCCGCGCUGGUGGGAGCGAGGUCUGGAGAACUUCCCCGAGUUGGAGGGCCAAAUCUGCACCUCGGUCACCUCGGAGCACCUCAACCAGCUCUUGGGGAGCAUCAUGAAGAUUGUGGUCAACAAUUUGGGCAUCGAUGAGGCCUCCUGGAUGAAAAGGUUGGCAGUAUUCGCACAACCCAUCGUGAGCAGGGCCAAACCGGAGAUGCUCAAGUCGCACUUUAUCCCCACCAUGGAGAAACUGAAGAAGCGCUCAGGCAAGGUGGUGGCUGAGGAGGACCAUCUUCGCAUGGAAGGCAAAACGGAGGUGGACAGCGAGAAUGGAACCAUCCGAGAUGAAUUUGCCGUUCUGUGCCGUGACCUCUACGCCCUCUACCCUUUGCUCAUCCGCUACGUGGACAACAACAGGGCAAGAUGGCUGACGUGCCCUGAUCCCGAUGCCGAGGAGCUCUUCAGGAUGGUGGGCGAGGUCUUCAUUUUCUGGUCCAAAUCUCACAAUUUCAAGCGUGAGGAGCAGAAUUUUGUGGUGAUGAAUGAGAUCAACAACAUGUCCUUCCUCACUGCCGACAGUAAGAGCAAGAUGAGCAAGGCCGGAGACGGAGAGUCUGGAGGGUCCGAGCAGGAGCGCACCAAAAAGAAACGUCGAGGGGAUCGCUACUCGGUGCAGACCUCGCUUAUUGUUGCGGCCUUGAAGAAAAUGCUUCCCAUCGGGCUCAACAUGUGCUCACCCGCGGACCAGGAGCUCAUCAACCUGGCUAAAAUCAGAUACUCGCUGAAAGACACAGAUGAAGAAGUGAGAGAAUUUUUGCACAACAAUCUCCAUCUCCAAGGCAAAGUUGAAGACCCAGCAAUGCGGUGGCAGAUGUCCCUGUACAAGGAAAUGUCCGGAAAGGCGGAAGAUGCCGAGGACCCGGAAAAGGUGGUCAAAAGGGUGCAAGAGGUGUCAGCGGUGCUUUAUCAUAUUGAGGUGACAGAGCAUCCCUUCAAGUCCAAGAAGAUGGUUUGGCAUAAGCUGCUGUCCAAACAACGCCGGCGAGCCGUGGUGGCCUGCUUCAGGAUGACGCCCCUCUACAACAUACCCACGCACCGAGCAACCAAUAUGUUUCUGGAUGCCUACAAACGCAACUGGCUGGAGACGGAGGGCUACUCCUUUGAGGACAAGAUGAUCGACGACUUAUCGAAAGCUCUGGAAGAAGAGGAAGAGGAGGAAGAAGAAACCGAGACCAAGCCCGACCCUCUUCAUCAGCUCAUUCUGCAUUUCAGUAGAACGGCUCUCACGGAGAAAACAAAACUUGACGUCGACCACCUCUAUAUGUCAUAUGCUGACAUCAUGGCAAAAAGUUGCCAUAUUGGUGAGGAUGACGAAGGGGAGGAGCAAGAGGGGGAGGAGCCAUCCUUUGAGGUGCGGCAGACAGAGAUGGAAAAGGAGAUGGAGAAACAGAGGCUUCUGUAUCAGCAGUCACGUUUGCACAACAGAGGAGCUGCUGAGAUGGUGCUGCAGAUGAUAAGUGCCUGUAAAGGUGAGCCUGGCGCUAUGGUUUCGUCCACUCUCAAGCUGGGAAUCUCUAUCCUCAAUGGAGGCAACUGUGACGUGCAGCAGAGAAUGCUGGACUACCUGAAGGACAAAAAGGAUGUGGGGUUUUUCCUCAGUGUUCAAACGCUGAUGCAGACUUGCAGCGUUUUGGACCUGAACGCUUUCGAGAGGCAAAACAAGGCAGAAGGACUUGGAAUGGUGUCAGAAGAGGGCACCAAUAAGAAGCUCGAACGUGAUGAGAAAGUGAUGGCAGAUGACGAAUUCACGUGUGACCUCUUCCGCUUCCUCCAGCUUCUGUGCGAGGGUCACAAUAACGACUUCCAGAACUACCUGAGGACCCAGACAGGCAGCACCACCACCAUCAACGUCAUCAUCUGCACGGUGGACUACCUCUUACGUUUACAGGAGUCCAUCAGUGAUUUCUACUGGUACUACUCGGGCAAGGACAUCAUCGACGAGCCCGGCAAGAGGAACUUCUCCAAAGCCAUGACGGUGGCCAAGCAAGUCUUCAACAGCUUGACGGAAUACAUCCAGGGUCCGUGCACGGGUAACCAGCAAUCGUUAGCGCACAGCAGGUUGUGGGACGCCGUGGUGGGCUUCCUGCACGUCUUCGCUCAUAUGAUGAUGAAGCUAGCACAGAUGCAUCCUGAUUCAGGACAACAAAACGGCGAUCAUUUUUGGACUAGAACCCCCUUUGAGGAUUCGAGUCAAAUCGGGCUUUUGAAGGAGCUGCUGGAUCUGCAGAAGGACAUGGUGGUGAUGCUUCUGUCUCUCCUGGAAGGCAACGUCGUGAACGGCACCAUCGCCAAGCAGAUGGUGGACAUGCUGGUAGAGUCAUCCAGCAACGUGGAAAUGAUCCUUAAGUUUUUCGACAUGUUCCUCAAACUGAAGGACAUUGUGGCAUCGGACGCCUUCCGCGACUACGUCAGCGACCCGCGCGGGCUCAUCUCCAAGAAGGACUUCUCCAAAGCCAUGGAUAGCCAGAAGCAGUACUCUCCCUCAGAAAUCCAGUUCCUGCUCUCCUGCUCGGAGGCGGAUGAGAACGAGAUGAUCAACUUUGAGGAGUUUGCCGACCGCUUCCAGGAGCCAGCCAAAGACAUCGGCUUCAACAUCGCUGUGCUCCUCACCAACCUGUCAGAGCACGUGCCGCACGACACGCGGCUGCAGAACUUCCUGGAGCAGGCAGAGAGCGUGCUCAACUACUUCCGCCCCUUCCUGGGCCGCAUCGAGAUCAUGGGCGCCAGCCGUAAGAUCGAGCGCAUCUAUUUCGAGAUCAGCGAGGCCAACCGUAACCAGUGGGAGAUGCCGCAGGUGCGCGAGUCCAAGCGCCAGUUCAUCUUCGACGUGGUCAACGAGGGCGGUGAGAGCGAGAAGAUGGAGCUCUUUGUUAACUUUUGCGAGGACACCAUCUUUGAGAUGAACAUUGCCGCUUCCAUCUCCGAGCCCGAGGGUGAAGUCGUUGAGGAGGAGGAUGACGAGGAAGAGGAAGAAGAGGCGGCUAAGGAAGGAGACUCUGGCGAAGGGGAGGACGGCAACGGUGAAGAACCUGCGCCGGAGUCGGCGUCGGCCUUCGCGGACUUCUUAGCCAGCGUGGUCAACUUCUACAAUAUGUUCACCUUCCGGAACAUGCGGCGGCGCUACCGCAAGCUGCGCAAGAUGACUGUGAAGGAGAUGGUGAUGGGUCUGGCUACCUUCGUCUACACGGUCCUGAUGGGAAUCCUCAUGUUCGUCUACGGUAUCUGCAAGGGCUUCUUCACGCUCAUUUGGAAAGCACUCUUCGGAGGAGGUCUGGUGGAAGGCGCCAAGAAGAUGACGGUGACCGAGAUCCUGGCUAGCAUGCCGGACCCGACGCAGGACGAAGUGCACGGUGACCUUCCGCCGGAGCCGGGAGCGAGGGUGGUUCAGGACUCGGACGGAGUGGCGGACUUGGACGCUGUGGGUGGAGAAGAGGAAGAGGAGGAUGGAGAAGAACGGGAAGGAGGGCGACUGCCUGGUUUCAACGCUCCUGGAGGACUCGGAGACUUUGGGGAGACAACGCCGGAAGAACCGCCCACUCCCGAAGGCACGCCGCUGCUCAAGAGGAAGCUAACUGCUGGAGGUGAAGGACAGGAAGAAGAAGGAGGAGGAGGAGGAGAAAUUGCUGUCACUGAAGAAGAAGUUCCACCAGAAACGGAGAAAGCAGACACCGAGAGCGAUGAGAAAAAGCCAGAAAAGACUGAGGCGGAGCCUGAGGUCAAAGAAGAAGAACCCGAGGAGCCUGAAGAGCCGGUGAAGACCAAGGUGAAGAAGGAGAAGAAACCAAUUGAGGAAGGCUUUGAGCUGUGGAAUGAGCUGGAAGUCCAGAGGAAUAAAUUCAUGAACUACCUCUCAAGAAACUUUUACAACCUGCGUUUCUUGGCGCUAUUCAUCGCUUUUGCACUCAACUUCAUCUUGCUCUUCUACAAGGUGUCGGACAGCCCGCCGGGCGAAGAGGACUUUGAGGGUUCCGGUCUUUUUGAAGGUGGCUCGGGACUGUUUGAAGGCUCGGGUGCCGAUGAGGAAGGAUCCGGAUUUGAAGAUGGAGGAGAUGACGACGAAGACGAGGGCCCCUUGUACUACUUCCUGGAGGAGAGCACUGGCUACAUGGAGCCUGCAUUGGCCUUCCUCAGCAUCGUUCACACCAUUAUCUCCUUUCUCUGUAUCAUCGGAUAUAAUUGCCUCAAGGUUCCUCUGGUUAUCUUUAAGAGAGAGAAGGAACUGGCCAGAAAACUGGAGUUCGAUGGCGUCUACGUGACUGAGCAGCCAGAAGACGACGAUAUUAAGGGGCAGUGGGACCGACUGGUGCUCAACACUCCAACUUUCCCUAACAACUACUGGGAUAAGUUUGUGAAAAGAAAGGUGCUGGAUAAAUAUGGGGACAUCUACGGUAGAGAGAGGAUUGCCGAACUACUUGGCAUGGACUUGGCCUCCUUGGACGUUAGUGCCAUGACACACGAUAAGAAACCGGAGCCUGACAACUCUGUGUUUAGCUGGAUAACAUCCAUUGACAUCAAGUACCAGAUCUGGAAGUUUGGUGUUGUGUUCACAGACAACACCUUCCUGUACCUGGUCUGGUACAUGCUCAUGUCUAUGCUUGGUCACUACAACAACUUCUUCUUCGCCGCUCACCUGCUGGACAUCGCAAUGGGAGUUAAAACCUUGCGCACCAUCUUAUCAUCAGUCACCCACAACGGCAAGCAGCUGAUGAUGACGGUGGGCUUACUAGCCGUGGUGGUGUACCUCUACACUGUGGUGGCCUUCAACUUCUUCCGCAAGUUCUACAACAUGAGCGAGGAUGAGGAUGAGCCCGACAUGAAGUGUGACGACAUGAUGACGUGCUAUCUUUUCCACAUGUAUGUGGGCGUGCGUGCCGGCGGAGGAAUCGGAGAUGAGAUCGAGGACCCGGCCGGAGACGAGUACGAGCUCUACCGAGUGGUCUUCGACAUCACCUUCUUCUUUUUCGUCAUCGUCAUCUUGCUGGCCAUCAUUCAGGGUUUGAUCAUUGACGCCUUCGGAGAGCUGAGAGACCAGCAGGAGCAAGUCAGGGAGGACAUGGAGACAAAGUGCUUCAUCUGCGGGAUCGGCAGCGACUACUUUGACACGACGCCGCACGGCUUUGAGACGCACACUUUAGAGGAACACAACUUGGCCAACUACAUGUUCUUCCUGAUGUAUCUCAUCAACAAGGAUGAAACAGAGCACACGGGACAGGAAUCAUAUGUGUGGAAGAUGUACCAGGAGCGCUGCUGGGACUUCUUCCCUGCCGGGGAUUGCUUCCGAAAGCAGUAUGAGGAUCAGCUGGGAUAA